AUGAGCGCAGAAGAGAACCAGUCAAUUAAUGGGAGUCAUUUAAUUCAUCUUACAAAUAGAUGGAUUCGAAUUGACGAGGCUUAUACCUGCUGUAAUCUCAAAUGCAUUAACUCAAAUAUAGCUAAUGGUAUAUGCUAUACAAAUGGCUUUGUUAGAGUGGAAAAUGAUUUUUCUGUUAGGUAUUUUUCUACAGGGGAUCAUUUACGUGAUGCUGCUAUUAUUGUUUAUGCCGAAAAUGGAUUUAGUAGAGAAGAUGCUUUAGAUGUUGGUUAUUCCCUUUUUUAUUAUGAAGUGACAUUGACGAAUAUGGAUAAUUUGGCAGAAGAUUCCUUCUUGAUUGGUUUAGGAGAAGAUAAUUUGGAUGUUUAUCUUAUGAGUAAUGAAAACAGUUUUACGCGUAAAAAUAUUGGACGUAUCCCAUUUGAUCACAAUUGGAGUAUUAAUGACGUGAUUGGGUGCGGAAUUGUUUAUCCUCCACCAUACAAGAAAUCAGGAGUGCCUUAUGUUUUCUUUACCAUAAAUGGUUCAAAGAUUGGCAAGGCAAUUGGUUUGGAUUAUUAUACUAAGAAUCUGAUUCCUAUGAUUCGCUUGGAGCGUUGUUCGGUUACAACUAAUUUUGGGCAAGACGAUUUUCGUUACGACGCCAACAAUCACAUUUUACAUGGAGAGGACAUGUUUGGAUAUAACGAAUGGAGUGAUUUUGACAGCUUUGACAAUUGAGGAUUGAAAAUAAAAAUUGAGAUUUUUUGUUUUGGUCGUUUAAACUUGUUGUCCUAAGUAAAUUGUUUUUGAAAUAA